AUGUCUCGUUUCUUUGCUUCUACUACCUACGAUUAUGAAAGUGGUAGCUCUUCAUCUGAAGAAGAUUUAUUAUCUUCUUCUUCCGAAGAUGAAUUAUUAUCUUCUUCUGGAGAUGAAUCUCAGGAUCUUCAAAAUGAUGAUUCUGAUGAUUCCUUCUUCGAAAAUGACGAAUCUGAAGAAGAAUCUGAUUUUGAUUCUGAUGAUUCUGACAGCAAGCCUUACGGUCCAGAUUGGUUUAAAAAGCCAGAAUUUAGAAAAGGUGGUGCUUCUAACAAAUUCUUAAAGGGUAACCGUUAUUCCGACUCUGACGAUUCUGAUGACGAAGGUGCUAAGGUUGUUGUUAAAUCUGCUAAAGAAAAAUUAUUAGAUGAAAUGCAAAUGGUCUAUAAUAAGAUUGAUGCUGCAGAAUUAACUAAUGAUUGGGUCACAAUUUUGAACGAAUUCGAAACUAUCACCAAAUUAUUAAUUAGAUCUCAACAACAAAAUUUUGGUAUUCCAAAUAUUUUCAUUAAAGUUAUUGCACAAAUUGAAGAUGCAGUAAGCGAAGUUCAAAACAAUAAUGCUAAUAAUGAAGAAGCUUCAACUACAUCCAAUGCCAUGGAAGAAAUUAUGAAAAAUAAAGCAGUUGCUAGGGCCUUCAAUACUAUGAAGCAAAGAAUUAAAAAGACUGCCAGAGAAAAUGAGCAACUAUUGGAAGAUUUAAGAAAAGAUCCAGAAUCCUUUGAUAAAGAACCAACUGUUGAUUUAGAGGUUUCUUUAGCUCCAGAACCUGCUACAUUCACUUUGAAGAAUGCUGCUGCUAACUUAUCUUCAAUGGCAAAUGCUACAUCGGAAGUUAACUUCUUUUCUGCUUUACAAAUUGUUUUAGACUCUAGAGGUAAGAAAAAUGUUGACCAAUCUACAAUGGUUAAAACAAUGCAAGAAUUGAUCAACAUUGCCAAAUCUCCAUAUGAAUUAAUCAUGGGUUACUUAACUUUGAUUCCUGUUAGAUUUGAUAGUUCUGCAACUUUAGCUUAUCAACCAGUUGAUCAAUGGAAGUCUUCCUUGAACGAUAUUGAAAGCUUAAUGAAUAUUUUGGAUGAAAAUAUUAAUAAAUAUCAAGUUACUGAAUUAACGAAAAAAAAUGACUCCAUUGAAAUUGAACCUACUGCUAAUGAAAAAGGUGUUAAACAAAUUUUGGGUUCUUUGUUCUCAUUUGUUGAAAGAUUAGAUGAUGAAUUCAACAAAUCAUUAUUAAAUACUGAUCCACAUUCAAGUGAUUACUUAUUACGUCUGAGAGAUGAACAAUCUGUUUAUAAUUUGAUUUUAAGAGUUCAAUUAUACAUGGAAGCAAUCUUAAAUGAAGAUGAACAAAAGAAGGUUUUGAAUCGUGUAUUCAUUAGAAGAUUAGAUCAUAUUUAUUAUAAGCAAAUGAAUUUAAUUAAUAUCAUUGAAUCCACUGCUUGGGAAAAUGUUCCAUCCCAAUAUACCUCUAAAUAUAUUCCAUAUGAAGGAACUGUUAAUGAUUCUUAUAUUGCUACCUUAAUUAAAUGUUUAUCUGAAACAGUAAGCUCUCAAUCCAAUGAAUUAUUUACUAAACGUGCUAUCUUAUAUCAUAUCUAUUUCAUUGCUGUGAAUGUUGAUUUCUACGCUGCUAAGGAUAUGCUAUUAAACUCUAAAGUUCAAGAAUAUAUUAAUACCUCUGAUCCAUCUGUUCAAAUCUUAUACAACAGGGUCGUUGUACAAUUAGGUUUGGCUGCAUUUAAAUUAUGUUUGAUUGAAGAUUGUCAUCAAGUCUUGAACGAAUUAUUAUGCAGUCCUCAUUUGAAAGAAAUUUUGGGUCAACAAAGUUUACAUAGAAUUGUUGCACCAACUAACCCAAACAACACAUCUGAACAACGUGAACAAUUGUGUUUACCAUAUCAUCAACAUAUUAAUUUGGAUUUGAUUGAUAUUGUUUUCUUAACAAGUUCAUUAUUAAUUGAAAUUCCACAAAUGGCUGCGUUCUAUUCUGGUAUUAAGGUGAGGAAAUUACCAUUCUCUCAAAGAUCUGCCCGUCGUCUAUUAGAACACUACGAAAAAUCCAGUUUCCAAGGUCCUCCAGAAACUUUGAGAGAUUAUGUUUUACAUGCUGCUAAAUCUAUGCAAAAUGGUGAUUGGAAACAAUGUUACGAAUUUUUGAAAUCUAUUCAAACUUGGAAUUUAUUGCAUAAUUCUGAAGAAGUUCUUGAGAAAUUAAUUGAAAGAAUUCAAAUCGAAAGUUUGAAGACAUAUUUCUUAACUUAUAGAAGAUUUUACUCCAGUUUCUCUAUUGUUAAAUUGAGUGAGUUAUUUAGUCUAAGUGAAGAAAAAAUUAUCGAAGUUUUGGACGAUGCUAUUAAGAAAUUUGGUAUUAAUGUUAGCAUUGAUGAAACUAAGAAAUUAGUUAAAGUUGAAAAAGGUGAGGCUAUUAGUAAGUUGGAGGAGGUUGCUUUGAAAUUAAGAAAAGAAUAUAAACUCGGUGGUGACCGUUUUAAACUUGGGGGUGGUCGUCGUUAA